AUGAAUAAAGGUCUUCAAAAUCAAGAUGGUCAUGAUGGAUUUGAUUCACUAUCAAAAUCAACUGAUCCAGCAAAACUUUUAAUUGAUCCAAAUACAUUUUUUCAAGAUGGAACUAUGACCACACUAUCACUUAAUUACUCAUUUGAUGGAAAAAACGUUGAGCUACAACAAGAAAAUGAAGUGACACCAACAACUAUUGCAGUAACUCAUACGGAUAUUCAAGCAGUUUAUUUUCAUCGAUUUCAUACACCUCGUUCAUCUGAUGUAUGUCAUGCACGUUGUACAGAUGAUCUUGAAACUAAACUUUGGUUUGUUCCAUUAUCAAAAUCACCGAAUUCAAUUGUUGAAAACCCAAAUUGGUCAAAACUGAUUGUUAAUUUGGAUUUUGUUUAUGAAUUUAUAACAUCUGAAGAUGAUUUAUUUUAUUUAAGAACUAAUUCACAAGCGGAAAAUGUUCGUCUUAUUACAAUGAAUACAAAAACAAAUGAAAUUAAAGAAAUAAUAAGUGAAGAUAAAAAUGAAAUUGGAAGAUCAACAUAUCAAUUAUGCACUUAUAAAUAUCGAGAAACAAAAAGUAAUAUUUUUACUAAAAUUAAAACUGAAAUAUUAAAAUAUGGCAUACAACAAUUUGAUAAUAAUUUAAUAUUUUAUCUAAAACUGAUUGUUCAAUACAUGAUUUAA